GGCGACUCUCUAUCCACUCAAAGCGACGCUCGGUGCGCUACGUCAUUUCCGCUCUGCGCUUGAAUGGAAAUGGCGGCAGAUAAGAAUGGCAGCUUCAUGUCCGCUAAUUGUACUCAAGGAGGAGAUGGACACAAUAACGCAGGGAAGUGUAUGAAUUCAGAGGAAGAUCCGCCGGUUGUGUUUCUGUGCAGCCAUUGCAGGAGGCCGAUAGGAGACACGUACAGCUGGAUGGGCAGCGACAUGGGAGAUCAGUGCAUAUUACUGAAAGCUGUAUCUGAAUAUGUUUCUGUGGAUCAAGUGCAGAUUGUCUCAAAGGCCACCAGUGACUAUGGCUGUACAUUUGAAACCGUAUCCUGCAGCGGCUGCUCCUCGGUCAUGGGGAAGAUCUACAGAUGUACUCCCAAGCACCUCGACUUCAAACGGGAUCUGUUCUCCCUUAAUAUUGAUGCUGUUGACAGUUAUAUCCUAGGCUCUGCAGACAAACAGGCAGUGUUGGAGAUUGAAGAACCUGUCACCCUGGGUGUGCGUGCAGCACUUGAAGAGGAAAUUGAAAAGGAUACUCAACCCCGCAGGUAUCUAGCCGUUUGGUCUGAGUGCUUUGCUAAAGAGCGGGCGUUUCAGCCAUAAAGUAUGAUAGAACUGCCGCUGUGUGAAAGGAAAGAGGAGUUUGCAUCCGAUUAACCUUCCAGGGUAAAGUACAAAGGGGUUUAUAAAUAUUGUUCAAUUUAAGGAUCAUUGAAUAUACAAAAUGUCUAAGCCGUGGCGGAACUAGAGUGCGCCACCGCACUCUGAUCCCCAUCCUCCCACCCCGCCCACUUCCUGCCCAACCUUUCUCGCCACAGGUAAGAAAGCGGCUGGGGAGGAGGGUUUUAUUAUUAGCUAUAGAGGAACAGACCUCCCUGUUCCCCGGGGCCCCCUGUGACUCCAGAGUCUGCUUCCUCUAUAGUUACACCGCUGUGUCAAAGGCAGUUUAUACAAUUCAGUGAUUGUUAAAGAGACGUCAAUUCGGCAGAUUUAAAGAUCCUAUCCGAUGAAGACUACACUGGACUUUAUUGAUGUGACUCACUCUUAAUCACCAUAGGUCCUAUUAUGAUGUAAUUGUCAGCCUUUGGGUCCAAACAUUCAGAUCAGUGCAAUAUGGCCAAGUCAACACUUAAGAGACACACGUCCAUGAAGUUCAACCUUUUAUGUUUAUAUAAAACCUGACUUAACUGCAAUUUGAUCCAGAG